AUGGUCAAACGAAAGUUGGUGUCGACCCAUGCGUGCCCUCUUCGCCGAGACCUUGGUGGCGACGCGCCGCUGCCGCUGUCAUCUGAGGCCGAGUUCCUGCUCGAGUUUCCGCUCGAGUUCCCACCCACGGACGAGGAGCUCAUUCUCUAUUACUUGAAGCCCGAAGUCAUGUGCGAUCCGUUUCCGCUCAGCGGCUUCUUCGCCGACGUCGAUCUCUACAAGUUCGACCCCAGAAAGCUCAUUGAGAACCGCAAGGGAGCGGGCAAAGAUGAGGAGGAGUGGUACUUCUUCAAUCCGAGGGACAGGAAGUAUCCGAACGGGUCGCGGCCGAAUCGUUGCACGCCUGGCGGGGUUUGGAAGGCGGCCAGGAAGGAUAGCAUCGUCCUGAUGAAGAACGAAACGAUUGGAUACAAGAGGUCGUUGGCCUUUCUACGAGGAACCUCGGAAAAACGAAGCGACGUAACAGCCUUGAAUAUGCAUGAGUAUAGAUUGGAGGAGGACGAGAAGAGGAGCCACACCAGUACAGAUAAGAGAAAGGGAGUGAAGAACGAGAGGGUCUACACGCCCAAGCAUGCAAAGCAUUCGAAGAACGGCCAGAAAUCUGAUCAUCCACCAAAGAAGAGGAACAAACAGAAUCAUGAUCGGCCGAACGACAACAGUGACAAUGCCCCGACGACGGCCGGAAAGAAUCAAGGCCUGAAAAAGGCUAUUAUUGUUAAUGAUGGUUACUUGCAAGAGCUUCAAUCCGUGCCAAAUCACGAGCUCAAGACGAGCCGGCAAGUCGACGUGGCCAACAAUUAUCAGCCGCCUCAGAGUUCUCAGAUCAGUGCUCUCGGCGGUCCGGAGACCAAUCAACCGGCCUACAAUGUUCUGCCUUAUCGCAGCCAUUCGCACCCCAACUUCGCGGCACAUCGCCCGAGUGGGACGCGGAUCAGCUUGCAUCUACCAGUUCAGCAUGUGGUCACGCAGCCCGCGAGCUAUCUCAGGCCUCCUAUUUGGCAGCUGACCGACAAUCCUCCUCCCGAAUCCCACCCAAGCGGAAGCUCUUGCCUUCCGGGGUGA